GUAAGGGGAAGGAGGAGCCAGGAUGCCUGGGCCCAGGACGGUGAGAGUCAUAGGGGCAGAGGCUCUGGUGGUUCUGCUGGAGGGCGGGUUGGACCGGGUGGUUCUGAUCGACAGCCGGCCCUUCGUGGACUACAACACCUCCCACAUCCUGGAGGCGGUGAACGUGAACUGCUCCAAGCUGAUGAAGAGGAGGCUGCAGCAGGACAAGGUGCAGAUCGCUGAGCUGCUGCAGCACUCGGCCAAGAAGAAGUUGGAGCUGCAGGCCGAUCAGGACGUCGUCGUCUACGACCAGAACUCUUCGGACCCAGCUGCUCUCACUGCCGACUCCUUCCUCAGUGUUCUGCUGGUGAAGCUGGAGAGGAGCUUUCCCUCCGUGCACCUCCUCAAAGGAGGGUUCUUGGAGUUCUCCCAGCUGUUCCCCGGGCUCUGUGAGGGGAAGUCCACUCUGGUUCCGUCCUGCAUCUCUCAGCCCUGCCUCGCCGUCACCAGCGUCGGUCCGACCCGGAUCCUCCCCCACCUGUACCUGGGCUGCCAGAGAGAUGUCCUCAACAAGGAGCUGAUGCAGCAGAACGACAUCGCCUACGUUCUGAACGCCAGCAACACCUGUCCCAAACCGGACUUCAUCCCAGAAUCCCACUUCCUCAGAGUUCCUGUCAACGACUCGUUCUGCGAGAAGAUUCUGCCCUGGCUGGACCGGUCCGUCGAGUUCAUAGAGAAGGCCAAGGCCUCCAACGCUCGGGUUCUGGUUCACUGCCUGGCGGGAAUCUCCCGCUCCGCCACCAUCGCCAUCGCCUACAUCAUGAAGAGGAUGGACAUGUCGCUGGACGAGGCCUACAGGUUCGUGAAGGAGAAGAGGCCUACCAUCUCUCCGAACUUCAACUUCCUGGGCCAGCUGCUGGACUUUGAGAAGAACAUAAAAAGCCCGGAUGGUGUGACGGGCCGCCUGAAGCCGCCUGGCGCAGGGCCGCCACCCGACCCGGCGCAGGCCGAGCCGCCGUUGGAGCCCCUCACUCUGCCCUGCUUUCUGACCGACGCCCCAGAGAAGCUGGCCGAGGUUCUGGGCGGCGUGCAGCUCGGCGACGGUUCUGAGGACAGCACCAGGCUGAAGCGCUCCUUUUCUCUGGACAUCAAAUCUGUCGGCGAGCCGAGCGGAAGCUCCACCCAUCGAGCGUUCGGAACGCACGGCGGGUCGGGGGACGACUUCUACAAAACGGCGUCCUUCAAAGAGGCGAGCGGCAAAACGCGGCAGUUCUCCCCGGUGGAGGAGGUGUCGGAGCAGUCGACUCCGGAGCAGAGCCCGGAUAAGGAGGAGGCAGACGGGUCGGCGCCGCCGGCUACUAGCUCCGCCCCCAAACCUCCAGCCGCCACCCUGAGCUGUCCGCAGCACCUGCAGCGCAGCGGCAGCAUGGAGGAGAAGACCACCGGCUUCCUGCUGGGCCUGUCCCACAGCCAGCAGCAGCUGGCCCCACCCGGUUCUGGCUCUGCCCUCAAGGGCUGGCACUCAGACAUCCUGCUGGCGCCCGUCACAGUCUCCGCCUCCUCGCUGACGGGCGGCUGGUACCUGUCCUCUGAAACCACGCGGUUCUACUCCUCCUCCUCCAUCCUUAGCAGCGCCGCCAGCAGCUUCGGCCCGUUGGGCUGCAGCCACGGGCUGGAGGCGGUGCGGCGCCGGCAGCGGGCCGGGGACCGCGGCGACUCCAGGAGGAGCUGGCACGAAGAGAGCAGCUUUGAGAAGCAGCUGAAGCGGCGCAGCUGCCAGAUGGAAUUCGGCGACGGGAUGACGGACGGCAGGUCCAGGGAGGAGGUGAGGAGGGUGGCGAGCCAGACCGGGUUCUCCGGCAGCAUGGAGGUGAUCCAGGUGUCCUGAGGAGCGCCGCUGACGGGCUCUGCCCACAUCCAAGCGUAACGCGGCCGGAAGAAACGGCCAACGGACGGAGGAGAGACGGACCCAGAUUCCUCCCAGAACCGGGCUCAGCCAGUCAUCAGAACCUUCAACGUAGCGAUGAGCUUCAGUCUGUGGAGAGUCAGAGCGGUUCUGAUCCAAACAGAAACUGAUUCUGAUAGAAUCUUCACCUGCAGGAAGCCAGUUCUGGUUCUGAUGCAGACGUAGAUUUCUCUCUAAUAGUCUUCAGCUGCUGACUUUGUUCUGACUAACUGGAUCAGAACCAGAACUGGAUUCACUAGAGAGAAAUGUUUCAGAUGAUCAUUAAUGGAAGUUCUGACCCGGAUCAUGUUUCUGGACCUUAGGAGAGACGCAGGGGAAGCUGCUCUGCUCAGAACCUUCAUCUGAAGCUCAGAUGCUCCAAUAUUUGGAGCCAGGUCCGGUUCUGUUCGGUUCUUUGGACUUUCCUGAUUUUCGGAAGCAUCUGAUUGGUUGAUUGAUCAUUAGAAUAUUAAGUUGCAGGUUCUGUUCUGGUGUGUUCUGUAGUCUGGAAAGAAGAGCCAGAGUGUCUGAAAGGUUCUGAUUGAUCAGACUGGACCCGUCUCCAGAACCCUCAGCUGUUCACCUGUCAGGACCAGCAGGUCAUGUGACCUCUGCUAACUGCUAAUGUUGCACUACUUCUGGGCGGAAUGACAAAGAACCUGAAUCUCCAGGACUGACGCCUGUUUCUGCGGGUACGGAAAGCCAAAUGUGCCAUUUUUUUUCCCCCUCUUCAGAGCGGUUGUAAUAAAAAACAGCACAAAACAUCUGUGAUCAAUAAAACUUUUAAAACAUUUUGAUCAAGCGUUUGGACUUGGUCUGCAUGGUUCUGGUUCUGCUCAGCCUUCCGGGCGCCCAGUUCUUCCGUGCUGGGAAUGGUGCCGAGGUUUUCCUUCGGUCUGACCUCCUUAAUCUGGGCUCUGCUGGUGGAGCGGGGCGGGUCCACUCAGGAACAGGUGGGUAGAUUAUAGUCUGUGUUUGUGGAGCUUUUUGGAUCUUCAGGUUCUAAAGUUCUGCAGAUAAAGUGAUACGGUGAGUCUUUUUUUUUCACAAGAACUGAAGCUAGAGCUCGGCUUUCCGCCUAGAUUUAGGUUCUGACGGUCCUCCUCUCACAGCUUGAACAUCUCCAACUCUUCUGGCAAAGCUUUUUGACGUUG